CUAUUCAUAACCCUAAAAUCCCUAAUCUGUCAUUCUACCCUUCUCUCUCUUCGAACGACGGUCCCGACUACGAGGCCUUUGUCGCUCCGCCUCCGCUGCUCUGUUCCUCUCCGUUGGACCUCUGCUCUUCUGCUCCUCGCCUCCAUCCAUUCGUCGCUCCACGGCUCGUCGCCGCCAAUCGAGAUUCGAGACCGGCGCAAGCUUCUCCUGCUACGAGCUGUUCCUGCCACGAGCUGCAGUGCACCAACGUGAGCUGUUCUGCUGGACGUCUUGUUCUACCUCAAGCUGUUGUUAGCCUCAGCCCAUCAUAAUCUAUUCACACGCUGUGUAUCAGCCUGUCAGGGUGAAAAGCUCCUUCUGUACUUUCUCAAGCUUAUGGCGAAGUCGUUGUCAAGUCUACUCCUGAGGGGCGUUGCCGGAUUCCCAGCUGCUCGAUCCAGUAGAAUUGUAUGUGGAACCUUAAACCAGAGUGGAGCGAGAUACUUUGCGACUGUGCCCAAUGACCCCGAUACACACGACGAUUUCAAACCGACAAAUAAGCUUGAGAACUCUAGCAUCUCUUUGGCAGAUAUUGUUCAGCAGGAUGUCAAGGACAAUCCUGUGAUGAUUUACAUGAAAGGAGUUCCGGAAUUCCCUCAGUGUGGGUUCAGCUCGCUUGCUGUGAGAGUGUUGAAACACUACAAUGUCCCUCUGAGUGCUAGGAAUAUCUUAGAAGAUCCUGAACUGAAAGCUGCAGUGAAAUCGUACAGCCACUGGCCCACAUUUCCUCAGAUAUUCAUUCAGGGGGAGUUCAUUGGAGGCUCGGAUAUCAUCAUGAACAUGCACCAGUCUGGAGAACUGAAGGAAAAGCUCAAGGAUAUCGCAGCCAACCGAGACAAGACUGCUUAAACUAAUCGAUAUGCGAGGGGGACCAGUGAUCUAGCGGUACUGCUGCCCGAAUUGGUCUGCUACUUGAAGUUUUUGCAAGAUGGAUUACUGUGUUUACUUGCAGAUUGAAGCAAUAAAUGCCCUUCGAACAGAUUCUAGAGCACAGUACAGCAGUCUAUAUUUCUGUAUGUGUUGAUAUAGUUUGAGAGGCACAGAAUAUUGCUGCGGGUCCGAUUUCUUGCAUAAUAACUAAAGAGAGGCCAAAUCUACAGUCAUAUUAUUAUUGCUAA